UCGCGCGGGAGGGCGCCGAGGGCCGCGGAGCGCAGGCGCGCGGUCAGGGCCUCGCAGCCGACAUGUCACUGGUGGCGGAAGCGUUCGUCUCCCAGAUCGCAGCCACAGAACCUUGGCCUGAAAAUGCAACCUUAUAUCAGCAACUGAGAGGGGAGCAAAUUUUGCUUUCUGACAAUGCAGCAUCUCUUGCUGUGCAGGCCUUUGAAGAGAACUAAAUUCUUUCAAACUCUUGCUUCGUUGAAGGCCUUAGUUUCUCCUAGACUUUCCUUCUCAACAAAUGAUUUCUCUUCAUAUUUCACAGUUAAUGCCUUUUUGCAAAUGUGUAAUCUGCCUGUCAAAGUGGUGUGUAGGGCAAAUGCAGAAUAUAUGUCUCCAUCUGGAAAAGUACCUUUUAUUCAUGUGGGAAAUCAAGUAGUGUCAGAACUUGGUCCUAUAGUCCAGUUCGUUAAAGCCAAGGGCCAUUCUCUUAGUGAUGGGUUGGAUGAAGUCCAAAGAGCAGAAAUGAAAGCUUACAUGGAAUUAGUCAACAAUAUGCUGUUGACAGCAGAGUUGUAUCUCCAGUGGUGUGAUGAAGCUACAGUAGGGGAGAUCACUCAUGCUAGAUAUGGAUCUCCUUACCCUUGGCCUUUGAACCACAUUUUGGCCUAUCAGAAGCAGUGGGAAGUGAAGCGGAAGAUGAAAGCUAUUGGGUGGGGUAACAAGACUCUGGACCAGGUCUUAGAAGAUGUAGACCAAUGCUGUCAAGCCCUUUCCCAAAGACUGGGAACACAACCAUACUUCUUCAAUAAGCAACCCACUGAACUUGAUGCUCUGGUGUUUGGCCAUUUGUACACCAUUCUUACCACACAGUUGACCAGUGAUGAACUUUCUGAGAAGGUGAAAAACUAUAGUAACCUCCUUGCUUUCUGUAGAAGAAUUGAACAGCACUAUUUUGAAGAUCGGGGUAAAGGCAGGUUGUCUUAGAAUUGUAUGUCAAUUAGUUAUUAUUUAAAAAAAAAUCUAACUUUUGAAAUAUGUAUUACCUGAACAUUAUAAUAGAUAUUAAUUUCAGAAUUUCAAAACCAAAAACACUUUUUUGAAACCUCAGAAAAUUGCAUAAUAUCAUAUACAUGUUCUUUGUACUGUUAUUUGUGUCCACCUUCAUUUUUGAAUUGUUUGAUUUGUUACAUUGUAUUCUAUAUCUUGAUAUUUUGUUUCUUUAUGAGCAUAUAAAAAUAAAUGUUAAGCAA